CAAGGCAAACGCCUUGUCUGCCUCGUGGUACAUACGCCUCUGGGGCGAACUGAUCAUUUGGAAACUCAGGCACUGCCCGAGGGCCCGGGGUCAGUAGGGGGCCCCAUGAGAUGCCCCUGGUACCUUUUUCAUAGGCUUUUUUGAGUUUGGGCAAGGACAUAGGGGCCCCAUGAUCCCCUAUUGCCCGGGAGCCCCAUGAGUUGUCAGUCCACCCCUGCCUGGUACCUUCUUCAUAGGCUUUUUUGAGU